AAAAAGCAGAAGGAGCAAAUUUCCUGCGUCUCGAAAUCACAAACAGUCUUCAAGAGGUCAGCGAUGGAUUCGGAGACGACGACCACGCCGGCGCCGGGCGGGGGGUGCCCGCCGGUGGGCAUUCAGCUGGAGGGCGUGAUCCUGCCCCCGAUGCUGAUCGUGGACGUGGUCCUGGGCCUGCUGGGCAACGUGGUGGCUCUGUGGAUCUUCUGCUUCCGGAUCAAGUCGUGGAACGCCAACAUCGUGUUCCUGUCCAACCUGGUUCUGGCCGACUUCCUGGCGCUGGUCAGCCUCCCGCUGCGCAUCGACGCGCUCCUGCGGGGCCACUGGGUGUUCGGCGACGCGGUGUGCCGCCUCAACCUCUUCCUGAUGUUCACCAACCGGACCGCCAGCAUCGCGCUCAUGACCGUGGUGGCCUUCUACAGAUACUUCAAGGUGGUCCACCCUCACCACCGCCUGAACCGCAUGAGCAAGCGGCAGGCGUGGGCGUUGUCGCUGGUGGUGUGGCUGCUGGUGGGCGCCCCCCGCGUGCCCAUGCUGGCCUACAACCACAUCAAGGACAUCCGAAAUGCCCGCCAGUGCUUCUUCUUCACCUCCUACAAGGAGGCCUCACGCGGCAUCGUCAUCCUGGUGGCGACGCACCGGGUCCUGACGGUGGUGGAGUUUUUCGUCGGGCUGGCUUUGCUGGCGUUUUGCUCGGUGAGGAUUUCCCGCUUUGUGAAGCGGCGGCAGAUGGGCAAAGCCGACAAGGUGCGCAAGGCCAUGCGGGUGUGCGGGGCCAUCGUGGCCAUCUUCCUGGUGUGCUUCCUGCCCACCACCGUCACCACGCUGGGGCUGUGGCUGGGCCGCGCCCUCCGGCCGGGGGACUGCGCCCUCUUCUACGCGUUCACCCAGCUCACUGUCGUCUUCCUGGGCUUGAACUUCCUGAACUCGGCCCUGGACCCCAUCGUCUACAUCUUCUCCAGCUCCGUCUUCAGGAAGGAGGUCUUGGCGGUCGUCCCCAGCAGACUCCGACGCCGGCGGGGAGAAGACAUCCGGCGGUCCGCGUCGGCGUCGCAGUCCACCAGCCAGGUGGAGCUGGAGAACGUGAGGGCCGCCCCGGCCGACUAAGCCUUGUGAUAGGGGGACGCCCCAUUCCAGUACAAAUAAACAUGAUACGCAUUUGAUUGAAUGAAAUGGUGGUCACGUGACCUACGACUG